AAUGACAUUUUUAAAAAAUUUAAAAUUUCCCGCUUCGGCGCCCGUACGUCCCGACGUCACAGGGACCGGAACACAGAAGCUUGCCGGCAUCGGCCGGAGGAGAUGGCCGGGGACGCUGCAGGGGACACAUCGCGGGAGCGAACGACAAGGUAAGUGCUGCAGGGACCCCCAGAGCAACGCCGCAUGGUGUAGCUCGGGGUUACCGCUCUUGGUAUAGAAAUUUUACCCUGAGCUACACUCGGGAUUACCACUAAGAAGAGCCAAAAACACAUUGGGAUUGAUUUACUAAAACUGGAGAGUGGAAAAUCUGAUGCAGCUCUGAAUAGAAUCCAAUCAGCUUCCAGGUUUUAUUGUCAAAGCUUAACUGAACAAGCUAAAGUUGGAAGCUGAUUGGCUGCCAU